AUGCGAAGCUCUACGGUUCUCGCUCCUCGUUUCUCUGCCCUACUCCCUCGCACUACGCAUACUCCUCCGCCUUCCGCAAUUUCUCGGGUCCUCCCCCCCUCUGCCGCCUUGCAUAUUUUCUCCUUCCCUCCCCUCCUCAGGGCCCUCCUAAUCCCCUAUCCCCUAUACCUCCCUACCUCCAACUCUUUCUACUUCCUCAACUACCGCUAUCCUAGCCUCCCUCCUGACGUGCCCUAUAUAUGCGGCUCGUACCUCACUACUCCUAACCCUACUCUGCCCCUCCAUCUUCGUGCCAAAACCUCCUCCACUCAGCCCUCCCUAGCCCUCGACCCCUACCCUAGACUACCCCCUUCGUACUCACUCCACCCUGCUGCUGACUGCCUAACUAAGAGUCUCCUUCCAGCAUCCCCUCACCCGGCCCUAGCCCUACUGGUGCUGAACCCGCCCUGCCUUCUAACCUCGGAGUCUGUCUUCUCCUCCUACUACGACUCCAAAAUACUAGGCCCUAAUAUUAGCCCCUCUCGCCUCCCUCACAUCUCAUUCCCGCCCCCUCUGAAACUACUGCCUCCUCCUUCCCAGCCCUGCUCACACUUUGUAUCCUUGCCCUCUCCCUCCUACCUCCCUAUAGUACUCUCCACUGCCCCCCUCACUUCUCCUCCUCUCUACCUGUGGCCUCCCUAUACUGACCUCCUCUUCCGGCUCUCCUCGCGUCCUCUACACUCGUCUCCCUACCGGCCCUGCCUCCUACUCUUCACUUCCUCGCCCCGUCCUACUCCUACUUCUUCCCCUCCUACCCUACCCUUACCCACUAGUCCCUCUGACCUCCCUACUCUACGUGCUCCUCCCUGCUCCUCGUCCGCUCUCUGGGCCCUCCUGCUCUCGCUCCUCCCUGAUUCUCGGCCCUUGAACUACAAACCUCUUACCCUCCUAAACACCCUGCUAAUCUGGGCCCUAGUUCGCCCUCAACCCUAA